AUGGCGCCCCAUGGCCCUCGACCAGCCGACCCAGCGUUGAAAGAGGCGCGUGAAGCUCAGCGCAGACCUACUCUCCCAUCGGCAAGCAGAGGCGAGCGUAUCCAAGAAACAUACACAGCAUACGACGACUUUCCAUGGGAGAAGAUCGAGGAAUUUCUCAGAGUCAAAUGGUCCAAGUGGGAUUUUAAGCCGCAGAGGUUCAACGACAAGUGGGUUUUCGAGGUGCCCGAGGAACUGACGGAGACCUUCAAGAUGGCGUGUGCUACAUCAGUGGAAUUCCAGAAGUCCUACAGUAAGAGCAACGACUAUCCACAAAAUCUCAUGCCUAACGAAAUCCUCUCGAACCAAAACAAGCUCGCUUCUUACAAGAGCCUUCUCGAUGUUGUCGAGCAUGAUCUGUGUCUCACGGAUAAGCACGAUAAUGUUAACGAUACUUUCGAGAUUCCAGUGAUCGACAUAGGCACUGCUGAUGGAAAAGCACGCUUGAAGCGGAACUUACAUAACCCGGGUAAAGUCACGGAAUGGCUCGGGGUGGAGAUCGUGCAAGACACAGUCAAUCCCAUCGUACAACAGGUUGUGGCUCGAAAACGAGACCCACGGUGCAGAUUCAUUUACUUCUACGGCCAGAACUCGCGAGACAAAUUGAAAACCACCAGGAACAGUCUCUGUCAGAUCCUAUCAUAUCAUCAGGUCAUGUCAGGGUACCUGGACUUCAUGAUGGUGUUUGGGGCACAGAGUGAUGCAAGAGAUCUUCGGUUCAGUGGCUUUCGUGAGCAAAUUCGCCUCAAACUCCCUUUCAGCGGACAUUCAGCUCCUAAUCUAGGACGAAGCGGCAAACAUUUCCAACUCUGCUACAACUUGAAAGGGGUACAACCCAAACAAACAAGUAGCGAAAACAUCAAGCUUGACGAAUGGUCCAUCCGAGAUGCUGCUAUUCAUCAUCAAUUCGAUGUGGAAUUCGGGACCACGCUGUGGAUCGUCACCAAAGGUAGCAUGGACCUACGCGACCGCUACGAGGAACUCACUAGGCCCGCCGCUAAAUCAGACAAUGAGAGCUAUAGCGACACAGCAGCCUGUUUUAGAUCAUCUCUGGCGACUCACCUGCUCUACUGCCAAUGGUCGACUGAGAACUGGAGAAGGUACCUCGUCUGGCUUGAAAGGGUGGUUGAGCAAGAAUGGUGGGAUAUUCAAGAUCUGCAACAUUGGCACGACAAAACCAACGAGGUCGUUAUGGUGCUUUCUGCUAACGCGAAAGUCCUGAGGGCCUUGUGCAGGUUCUACUCAAACUUAAUUGCCCGCAAGGACUUUCCUGAUACCCUGAAGACGUCUUGUGAAGAGCACCUUGCCGCCUUCAUAUCCCAGCUCAAUGAGAUCUCUGCGGACUUCGACAUGCAACUAGCCCGAGCAAAGCUUCUAGCGAACAUCAUAAGCGAUAGAAAGCAGCUUGUAUUGCAGCAUCUGCAGAGUCAAGUCUCGGACCGAACGGAACAGCUGAACAAGAAUCUCGAACGGGAGACCGUUGUCAUGCGGAUCAUCACUAUUCUGACUCUGAUCUAUCUUCCGGCUACUUUUGUCUCAACGUUUUUCAGCACCGACAUUGUCAAGUACCAAGACCAGAACCGUGAAUCUGCCAGUUACGACAAUGGCUCUUUUUCGAACCUCGCCUUGAAGCGAUGGCUCCAAGUCACCAUACCACUGACUGCUCUUACGCUGUUUGCGUAUCGACAAGAGAUUUGA